UAUGCGGAAGUCCACAAGCGACAGAGCUGCUUAAUGAAAGUCCUGGAACUACUCUAUAUAAAACUAGAUAAGCACAUUUCAAAUCAUUUUCCAAUUGCGUGAUCGAACCAGCCAUGUCGAAGAACACGGUAUCAGAUCGAUUCAGAAAGGUUGAUGUAGAUGAGUACGACGAAAACAAAUUUGUCGACGAAGAGGACGUCGGAGAAAAUCAGCUGGGUCCGGAUGAGGCUGAGGUGGAUUCUCUCAUCAGAUCAGGUAACCUGAUGGGGGCUUUACAGGCGGUACUGAAGAAUCCACCAAUCAAUACCAAGAACCAGAAUGUGAAGGACCGGGCUGAAGGCCUCGUAUCGAAAGUACUCAGUUCUUUCAAGGCUAGCGAUAUUGAAAAGGCUGUUCAGUCUCUGGAUAAAACUGGAGUGGACCUCCUCAUGAAGUACAUCUACAAGGGCUUUGAAAGUCCCUCAGACAACAGUAGUGCCAUCCUGCUUCAGUGGCAUGAAAAGGCUCUCUCAGUGGGUGGUGUGGGCUCCAUCGUCAGAGUGCUCACAGCCAGGAAAACCGUGUAAACUUCAGCACUGUGGCAGGGUUGGCAGAGGGACUGGCUGGUACAACACCUCGUGGUCUGUUAUAUAUGCCCAUAUGCCAUACUGUAGAGGAUGCUCAGUUACGAUCAAACAUUACACUCUCAUUUGGAUUUCUUGCAGUGAAGAUAUGCACCUUGGACUUGUAUGUCAAUAGAAUGGCGAUGAGAAAUGUUAUUAUUUACCUCAGCACAAGCUAUUAUCAAAGGAUAUGCCUCUUACUUCACCUCACAUACUUCUUCCAAUGUGAUGACUGAACAUGUAAAGGCUUGACUAAAUCAUUACAUAGUAAUGCUAGCAAUGACAUGUUACAGUGAGGCACUCUGGCGUGUAUAAUUAUUUGUGAUCCACUCCAUUGUUUUGAGUCACUUUGACCUAAAAUCACAUUUUGCACUAAAGUAAAAGGAGACCGUCUCAGCUUUGUGAUUGUGUCUUCUCCAAACUGUUGCCGAGACUCCUUUUUACUUCCAUGCAUAAAACCUAUACAGUUUCUGGCUCGAAGUAACACAGAAUGAUGGAGCAGGUCACAUUUGUUUUAUCUAAGAAAAUUAUCCAUUUCGUUUGUAGAGGAUUUUCAGUUUGCAUUCUUUCACAACCUCCCCAUCAUCUACUCCUUUUGAUAAACAUAAUCAGAGCUGGUCUAUGGAAUAUGCCAAAAUCAGUAUUCACUUGGUUAUUUUAGUUUGGUAGUACAUGCUGUAUUAUUCAUGGCCAUGAUUUCUUUACCACUUGCGUGCACAGCAUAUGUUAUUUCAAGGUUGAUUUUUGAAGAUAGCCUUAUCUUAAUGCCUGUGCUUUUAGACAAGAGGGAGAUUUCCUGCCCAAAUUAUUGUGGUAAUAAGCUUGUUUCCCUUUAUUGUUCCUUUAGUAAUUCAUGCAGCUUCUAUGACACAUCUCCUUGGUUUCAUAUCACACUGGGAUCACAUUUUGAGAGUAAAAAAGGGAAUGACUUUUCUUAUGUUGCAAAAAAAAAUAUUAUUGUCAUAAUUGUUAAUUAAUACUAGUGUUUUUGUACUCUUUACAAAAACUAAGAGUUUCAUUUUUGUAAUGCUGAGUGUUAUUAAAAUUGUCCACCAGAAGCUUAUGUAUAUUGAUCACAUUUUGGAACUUUGUUAGAUGUUACCAAUUGCAGAAAUCAUAAACAAUUUCUUAACAUACUUUAAACUCAGACAUUAUUUCAGGUGCUGAUUAUAUGGCUAACCUCUGUGACACACAAGUGUUUGUGCGCUCUCACAUUUCCAACCAAUCAUGGCAGCAAGCUCUCUAGCAAGACAUUUCUAGAUCAGGUUUAUGCUGCAAUGGAGACAUGAUAGAGUGCAGAGGUUGCUUCCACUGUGGUCCAUAUAUUUUUGCCAUACAUAAGCAACCCGAGGAAGUAUCUACUUGUUUGUGAAAGAUUCUUAGUGAAUGUUGAGUUUGCAUUACGCCAGUCAAUAAUUUGAUUAAAUGCAAAAAAUGAUGAACUAGUUUACCAACUGCCUUAUCAAAAAUUCCUUUUAUAUUGUAUUGUCCUUUUUGAAAAUAAAUGCAAUGUAUUUUAA